GAGUCCCUCCCUCAGACUCACAUGUGAGCUACAAAAGACGUCCACGUGCUUCAAGAGAGAAGAGGACAUUUUUAUCACAGCCUAAAUCGGACCUAAAAAGUGUUAAAAGAUUAGUAUCAAUUUGCUUCUGCAGAUCAUGGGUGUCACAUUAUCUGGUGUGGUGCUGAUCUUUUUGUGUAUAGGACUGAGUAAAUGGACGACAGAGGGGUGCAGCUGUAUCGCAUCUCACCCUCAAAGACUAUUCUGCAGGUCUCAAAUAGUGAUGCGAGCUGUGAUAACUGGAGUAAAAAUGAAUUACAAUCACAAGAUGUAUGGCCCGAAAACAAUUCAAUAUACCAUCAAAGUUAUCAAGGUGUUCAGGGGUUUUGAUGUUACUAAGAAAAUCCAGUAUGCCUACACCGAUUCCGAAUCCUCAAGGUGUGGUAUCAAAUUGAAACGUGGCCAGUAUCUGCUUUCAGGGGAAAUUUAUCCUGGUGGGUUCUUCAUUUCACUGUGUGGUUUUAUUCAACGCUGGGACAAACUCUCCCAAACGCUGAAAAAUAACAUCAAGCACAGAUAUGAGAUGGGCUGUGACUGCACGAUUUCCAAAUGUUUUCAGCAUCCCUGUCAGUCCAGCUCUAACACUGAGUGUAUACUGACAGACAUGAGAGACGUAUGGUCAAGGCACAGGAACAUGAUUUAUAAGAAUGUUUGUAUCAAACACAGCAGUGGUUCCUGUAGCUGGCACACUGGAAGUUCAAAUUCUACAGACAGUAUCAUGUUUCAUGUCUCAAGACCAAAAGAAAGAGUGUUUCUCAGUAAACGAAAAAGAAGUAAAACAAGAGAAGUAAAACGAAGUUCUCAGAGAAAAGCGUUUGAUCCCAAGUCCUGUUCUGCAUUGUAGGAUUAUUUUACAAUAGAGUAACAGACAUUUAUUUACUCUUAUUUUAAAUGAAUUUUAAAAUUCAUCUUUAUCUUUACAAUGUAAUCAUUUAAGAUUUUCAGUUUUCUUUAACAUUUUCUUUGCAUCAACUGAAAAAACAAACAUUCCUCUACAGAAAACCUGUAGGCCCCUAAUGCAUGAUUUCAGUGAUGGAAUAGCACUUGACUACAUUUAAAAACAAGAUGCACAUUAUAGCGAUUGUUUUAGUAUAGAAAAAUCUGUUAUGCAAUCAAUACCGCCGCUCCAUAUGCUAAACUACGCAUAAAAGAAAAGUCCAAAAUAAAACUUUCAGGUCAGUUCACAAGCCUGUAAAAAUGUAUAGCUUUGGCUGCUGACACCACCAACUCAUCUGCCUGAUUUAAAUAAAGUAUAAUUGAAUAUUAAAAGUAUAGUUGUGUGGUAUUUUUAAAUCUCAGCUUUAAAGGUGCUCUAAGCGAAUUCACGCGUUUUAGGCCAUAAAACAUACAGUAAACAUCUCCUGACUAUCUUCUAGCUGCCUGUUCCCUGAACACACUGUAAAAAACGCGGUCUCUGUAGACAAGCCUAGGCUUCGCAAACUGCAACAAAAACAAAGUGGU